AUGAGACAGACGUCUACCGAUUGUAAUUCAAGUCCGAAGCCUUCAGCAAACGGACUGGUCGGUUGGGUCGUUGAAUCUCCUGGCAGAGGGACCUUAGGGAUCAUUACCAGCUGCCUCACGACUAUAUUCCUGUGUACUUGGGUUGUGAUACAUGCGCGAGUCUGCAAGCGGCCUCUAUUCCAUGGGCUCCACAAGUUUGUCCUGUUCCUCAAGACGAUCCUCGCCCCAGAAUUCAUUGCAGUCGAAGGCCUUCAAGAAUGGAGCCAGGCACAAAAGAUGGUGAGGAAUUGCAUGGGACUGACUGGAGGCCGUCUGAAGCUUGUUCAUGCUUUCUAUAUCGGGAUGCUCGCUCUCAGAUACCGUACACCGCAAGGUCAGAAAGUCAUCUGGCCGAAUCAAUACACUUGGCUGUUGGAGCAGGGUCUCGUUGACUGGGAUAACCAUACGACAUGGGGCCUAUCCGAAGAGAACAUCCGUGAUAAAAGUAACGCAGAUAGCGCGGUAAAACUACUGGCACUUGGUCAAGUUUGCUGGUUCAUGGCCCAGAGUAUAAUGCGACAAGUCCACGGACUCCCUCUUUGUCAGCUGGAAACCAUGACAUUGAGUUAUAUUCCUCUCAUUGCCAUUACGUACUUCUUCUGGUGGGUCAAGCCCAAAGACGUCAUGACACCUUCUGUGGUCGACCUGCCAGAGAUGUCUGCUGAGCACACGGAGACAUUUGAAUCACUGGCCGUGAGCAACAUCUUCGACAAUGAAGGCGAAGCCAAACAAGACUCGUUUUGGACCAUUUUCUCUCUUACCCCCGAGUAUUUGAGAAGGAAGCCGAAGAUAAAGCCACAAUGA